AUGAGUCCACAGUGGUUAAUGCCAAUGCUAAAAGGCAACUACUUCGUCCCUUGUUCGAUCCAUGUCGAUUCAAACAAGAGCGAAUGCAAUUUGUUCUGUCUUGAUUGUGCUGGAAAUGCCUUUUGCUCUUACUGUUUGGUUAAACAUAGAGACCAUCGUGUUGUUCAGAUACGAAGAUCUUCGUACCAUAACGUGGUGAGAGUGAAUGAGAUACAGAAGUAUAUAGACAUAUCUUGUGUUCAGACAUAUAUUAUAAACAGCGCAAAGAUCGUGUUCCUCAAUGAAAGACCUCAGCCUAGAAUCGGUAAAGGUGUUACAAACACUUGUGAAAUCUGUUGCAGAAGCCUCCUUGAUUCUUUCCGCUUCUGCUCUCUCGGUUGCAAGCUUGGGGGAAUGAAGAGAGGGGAUCAAAGUCUAACCUUCUCUUUGAAAGGGAAGCAUGGGAGAGAGUAUCAAGGUGGGUCGGAAUCAGAUGAGGCGACUACACCGACUAAGAUGCGUAAGACCAAUGCUUUUAACCGUCUGAUGAGUGGUCUCUCAAUCUCCACCGUUAGAUUCGAUGACUUUGGUCUAGGUGGCGAUCAACGGUCUUCGAGCUCCGGCGACGAAGCUGGUUUCAAUUUCUCUCCGGGAACACCUCCGAUUUACAAUCACCGGAAUUCAAGCAGGCGAAAAGGGGUCCCACAUCGUGCUCCGUUCUAA